UCUUGACUGGGUAAAGAUGAAGACUACACUCACUGUGCUCCUCAUCAUCCAGCUCUAUGGACUCGCCUCAUGUGCCAUUAAACAACAUUACUUUAUAGAUCAGAUGAAGACAUGGGAUGAAGCACAACAAUACUGUAGAACCAACUAUCAUGACCUGUCCACCUUCAUCAAUGAGAUUGAGGAACAUCAGUUUAAAAAAGAUUCAGAUGCUCAAACUUCUCGUGCCUGGGUUGGACUCUACAAACAACCUGGAACCUGGACGUGGGCAACAGGUGAAGUUGCAACACAAAUCAGCUGGGAUGAUGAAGAACCAGGCAAUGAUUUCUGUGCUUUUAUAGAGAAAAACCAUAUGAAACUUCAUGAUGAUGUAUGCACUACUCCUCACACCUUCUUCUGUAUGUAUGAGUCUGUGAAUACUGUGACGGUUCAGCAGUCUGAGAGCUGGGAGGGAGCUCUAGAAUACUGUAGACAUCAUCAUGAUGAUCUGGCGUCUCUGAGCUCAAGCAGAAGCAUGACUGAUGCUCUCAGUAAGAUCACAGGAGCUCAAACACAAUACGUGUGGAUCGGUCUGCGCUUUCUAGCAGGUGGAUGGUUCUGGAUCAGUGGAGAUGAUCUUAUCCUCAAUGUCUGGUCUUCAGCUGGACCGCCUCAAUGUCCUGCCCAAAACCAACACUGUGCAGCUCUGGACAAGAACACAAAGACCUGGACACCCAGAGACUGUGAGGAGAAGCUCAACUUUCUGUGUUUUUAGAGAGCGUCGGACUGUCUUGGACGCCGCUGCUGGACUACUUUUUGGGACUCUUGGAAAACUUUUCAGCCUAUUAUGUUUAUAACACUUGCGUAACAUGGCUAUCCAAGGAAAUGUG